AUGCGUCGUUCUAUUCUAUUUUUCCUUUUCCUUUCAUGUCUUGUGACACUGGCUUUGACUCAAGAGGUUCAUGAUGAUCAUACCCAUGAUGAUCAUACCCACGAUGAUCAUACCCACGAUGAUCAUACUCACGAUGAUCAUACUCAUGAUGAUCAUACUCAUGGUGAUCAUUUAGCUACUCAUACACAUUCUGAUGCAGAAGCGAGCCAUGGCCAUUCUCAUGCUGCAGGUUACGAUGAAGAAACAUGUGCUGUGGAAGAAAAUCAACCGUACGAUUUGAACUUUAGAGUCGGCUCACUUUUCAUCAUUUUAGGAACAAGUGCCGUUGGUAUCUUUGCACCCAUCUUAUUAUACCGUAUUCGUCCCUCGUCUAGCAAUAAUGGUGUACGACAUUGGAUCUUAACCAUAGCCAAAUUCUUUGGUACUGGUGUGAUCUUGGCUACUAGUUUUGUACAUAUGCUUCCUGAAGCCAUGGAAAGAUUCCAUUCCCCUUGUCUUGGAUCGAACUGGCAAGCGUACCAUGGCUUUGGUGGUGUAUUUUGUAUGGUGGCCGCCUUUGUGUUACAAUGGAUUGAAUUGGCCGCCAUGGCUCAUCUUGAUGCUAAUCAACAUCAUCAUGGUUCUUUGGACGAAGAAAAAACAACACAAACGAUCAAAGGAGAUGGUCAUAUGCAUUCUGUUGCUUUGGAACAAGAUUUAUCAGUCCGAACAAUUCAUACUCUUUUAUUGGAAUUAGGCAUUGCUAUCCAUUCUAUCAUCAUUGGUAUUACUUUAGGUACAACAUCUGAAGGUCCUUUUUUAGCUUUGUUUAUUGCAUUGAUCUUUCAUCAGUUUUUUGAAGGAGUAGCUCUUGGUACAAGAAUCAAUGAUUUACAAUAUGUAACAUGGAUAAAACCAUUGGUGAUGAGUUUGACUUUUAUUUGCAUGACACCUUUGGGAGUGGCCAUUGGUAUUGGUAUCCGAUCGGCCCUGCAUGUGUCAAGUAUGGUCUUGGCCCAAGCCAUUCUGGAUGCCUUCUCUGCUGGGAUCUUAUUAUACAAUGCCUAUGUCUCUUUGAUGAGUGUUGAAAUCAGUAAUAGUGUUUCCUUCCGUCGCUCCAGUUUUGCUCGAAAAUCCGUUUGUUUAUUAUCCAUGUAUCUUGGUGCUGCUGUCAUGAGCGUGCUUGGUAUCUGGGCCUAA